UGUGUUUGUGUUGURCUGGGUUAGAGUGUAAACURUGUUCCGUUUGUGUUGUCCCAGAUGCCAUGCAGGUGGUGGUGACGAGGACGUACACAGCCAAGCAGCCUGAUGAGCUGUCACUGCAGGUGGCUGACGUGGUCCUGGUGUCACAGACUGUGGAGGAUGGCUGGUAUGAGGGCGAGCGACUCCGUGAUGGCGAGAGYGGUUGGUUCCUGUCAGAAUGUGCUGAACCAAUCACGUGCCAGGCCACUAUUGAGCGCAACAUGCAGAGGAUGGACCGCCUCCAAGGGCUGGAAACCAAUGUGUGAUCUGGAACGGCAGGCUCCACCCACUAAUUACACAAGUGACCUGCCUGUUCUCGAACAGACCAAUGAGUGAACCUUAUGCCGAAGACGGCCUUUGACGUUGAGCGGACCGUCACCCGUUUGAAAGUCUUUGGUCAACAGAGCGACGUGUGAGCUCUUUCCACCAGCGACUGAAUACACCAAUGAGCUGCCUUCAAGCACUAUCAACCAAUGAGAGAGCUGACUUGACACUAAAUUCACCAAUAGAAUCUCUCCGUGGGUCAACAGACAAAUGUAUGUGUGAGCCUUGCCUGCUGACUGUUUCUAUUAGAAUGGGGUUUUUCAUUGUUACCCAUGCAACGUUCUCCGCCUUCUACCGGUCUAUAUCGUAAGGACAUUUGACCUUUUGACCUGUCAACAACAUUCUGAUUCCUCCCACUGAUGGGAGACUGGCCAACCACUGUAACCACUGAGACUGGCCAACCACUGUAACCACUGAGACUGGCCAACCACUGCCCGCGUAACUGUUUAUUUUGGGCCCCGAAGGACAUCCCCCUUGGACACACACAUGACAUGCUGGGGUCAAAGUUUAAAACUGCCACACACAGAGUGGACACCUAUAGUAGGACGGCGCGUUCAAACUGAUAUGGACACGGAAUCAUUUGAUUAACUAUUUCCUUCUGGAAAAACUCCCCAGAAGUUUCCGGGAAUGAAACGUACCCUCUCUACUACAUAGUAACUAACAAUUUAUAGGAACAAAACAACUAUGUUGAUGAUCUGUAUAUAUAUAUUUGUUUUAAUUGUCAUGCUCUUUAAAAUGCCUGGUUGUCCUGGUGUGAUGAGGAUCUGGCUGAGUGUAUGGAGCCAACAUGGCUCAGUGUCCAGGUCAGUUUCACCUCUGCUCUGUGGUCAGGCUAUAGUGUGUGAUGAGACUGAUGGGGAAGAGGCUCAGAUACACAAAUGGCACUGUAUUUUCCAACUUAUCUGUGUGUGCAGCUGGGAGGCCAUUUGUAAUGUUAACUGAAUGUGACAAAUGUUCCAAAAAUGGCCAAAUAACACGUCCCUGUGUGGUUAGUAGGAGGCUGUGUGACUGCUGAAGAGGCUGAAUGUACAGUAAGGAGCCAACAUGGUGGACUGAACGGGCCAGUUUCCAGACUUCCCUCUGGUUAGAAGGUUACAGUAUAGCGAGGCUGAAUGUUAUGAUGGUCUACAAAGGCAAAAAGAAACUCCCACCAUCAUG